AUGUACCAUACCAGUUGUUGGGUUAAACCUAUCUGUUUACUGUGUGUAGCAAUCUGUAUUUGUAUUUUGGAGAAUAGUAGAAAUGUUAAAUCAGCUUCGUACUUUUAUGGUGAGGGAGACCCUGAAGGAGUAACUACUCGGAGUCCCAAAGAUGAUUCUGACAGUGGACCAGGGAAAACAUUUGUUGCUAAGGAAGAUAGUUACAUCUGUCUUCUUAUAAAAGCAUCAAUGAAAAUUGUUGUUCCUUUACAGGGAUCUAGACAAAAUAUCACAAUUAACAUAAACGCAACGAGUACAAAUGCUUCUGAGGUAUUAUCUUUUUGCCAUACAACGACAUCAGAGAUGAUAGUGGGAUGGAGGCAACCAGAACAAAAGGAAGACUGGGGUUUGGCGUUUAAAUUCAAGUUGUAUGGCACUGAUCAAUAUUCUUUUGAUUCAAUUGUUUUUAUGUAUAAUCUGGAUGAUGUUUCUAUUGAAGCCAAGUCAACGGAUGAAGUAUUUUCCAUUCCGAAAGGUACAUACUACAAUUGUUCGAAUAUGGAUAAAAUUGAUCUUCAUCCAAAUAUUCGAAGUUACAGUACUGUACGUUUAACAUUUGCUUUACUUCAAGCUGAAGCUUUUCGCAAUAGUCCCAAUCCUUCUUUUGUUGGUACAGAAUCACGCUGCAGAGAUGAUGACGAUUCAAGUCUAACCUAUCUUAUCGUUGGUGUCUCCAUUUUCACUAUGGCUGUGAUUAUGAUAUUUGCAUUGUGCCUAAGCAAUGAUGAAAGCCGUGAAGUUUCAGUUGAUCCGUAUGUGGGGCGAUUUUGA